AUGCGGGCCCCUCCGAGGCGCCGAGAACCCCGGACCUGUGGGGAGGCUCACAGAGCAGGACUCCACACAGCGGGGAGAGCAGGCGUGGGGCCUCCAAGCCGGCCUCCCAGAGCUCUGCGGGCACCAGCCUCCGGUGGUGGGUCCUCAGCCCAGUGCUCUCUGGGGCUGGACGUGGCCUCAGUGUGGACACGCCUGGGAGGCCUUGCCGUGGCCGGAGCAGCUUGGUCCUGCCACCGACCUCGAGCUGGGAAACUCGCUGCAGCUCAGGCUCCAGAGCCCGGGGUCUGUUUCCCUGAGGCCAGGGGCUCAGAAGCCGAGAGUCGAGGGGAGCCCCGGAAAGCAGCAGGUGGCCCUUCCGAAGGAUGGGGCCUGGCAGGGAGGGGCGAGCAGGACUCACCCAAUUUACAGAUGGGAAAAGCAUGGGGUGGGCAUGGCACGAAGACGGUGCCAGGGGCCCCAGAGGGCACCAGGACGUGCGGCCGCCCCCUGGCAGCCUGCACGGAAAGACGAGUCGUGGAAGCUGACGGGCCCCUUCCCUGCAGAGGUAAUGGAAUGUCUCGAGCUCACCGGGAGCUCACGGACUAUUCCAGGGCUGCCGCUGCGUCCCGCAGCUUCCUGGCCGUGGGAAACUGCCGCAGCGAGGGGCAGCUUCCUGCCCCGCGACGGGAGAGGCUGGGGCUGGGCUCGCCGGGAGCAGCUGUGGAGUCGCACAGCUCCCCGGGCCGUGCUGGCCCCGGAUGCCCCCACACCCGCCGCUCACCACUCCCCUGCUCGGCCACCGCGAGCCGGGAGGACCUGCCCUCGGCGUUGGGCCAGGGGCUGCACCUCCAUCCCCCAGCCCCCGGGGCUGAUGCCCGCAAGCCCCAGGACGGGUCCGUGGGGCGAGAAAAGAAACCAGUGCUGGCGGCCCCAGAGCCGGCCCAUGCCCUGCCCCCAGCAAAGGAGAGUGAAGCCGGGGCGGGCACCGACCCAGCACCAGCCCCGGGCCAGGUGCGCUGCCUGCAGGGCCCCCCUGGGCCGCUCCCUGCAUCUGAAACGGAGGUCGUGGCAGCACCUCCAGGGGCCGGGGGAGGGUGA